AUUAAUAAUUAAUAAAAAAUAAAGCUCGUCGUCGUCGCCGUCUCCCUCGCCGCCGACGAGUCAAAGAGGCGGCGGCGGUGCCGGUACCGGCCGGGCGCGCCCCGGCCGUGUCCCCGCCAUGCCCGACCUCACCAAACCCCCUUCCCCUCGCCCCCGCCGCCGCCGCUGCCGCCUCUGCGGCAUCUGCCUCGGCACCGCGCUCCUCGCCCUCCUCGUCUCCUCCCUCGCCCACCUCUUCUCCCCGCCGCAGCCGCAGCCGCAGCUGCAGCCGCCGCGGCCCUCCCCCUCCUCCUCGCCACCGCGCUUCGCGGUCAUCAUCGACGGGGGGAGCACCGGCAGCCGGGCGCACGUCUUCGCCACGGGGCCCGGCGGGCGGCCGGAUCUGGCGCGGUCGGCCGUGAUGCGCGUCACCCCGGGGCUCUCCUCGUUCGCCGACGAGCCCGCGCGGGCCGGGGAUUCGCUGCGGCCGCUGAUUGAUUUCGCCAGGGAGAAGGUCGGGGGCGCCGCGGCGGAAGUGCGGCUCAUGGCCACCGCCGGGCUGCGGCUGCAGGAGGGGCGCCUCCAGGAGGCCAUCCUGUCGUCCUGCAGGGACGUGCUCAGGGCUUCCGGAUUCCGGUUCGAGGACUCUUGGGCCGAGGUGAUCCCAGGCUCUGAUGAGGGUAUCUAUGCUUGGGUUGCGGCAAACUAUGCUCUUGGCACACUUGGAGGGGAUCCACACAAAACCAUUGGAAUAAUUGAACUUGGGGGCGCCUCAGCACAGCUGACAUUUGUUUCUGAUGAAGUACUUCCUCCGGAACUGUCAAGAAAUUUCACUUUUGGUGGAACAACAUAUACUCUCUAUAGCAACAGCUUUCUAAACUUUGGACAAAAUGCUGCACAAGAAUCCUUCCGUGAAAUACUGCGGUCAAAAGACUCCAAAAAUGGUACACUUGUUGAUCCAUGUGCUCCUAAAGGAUAUUCUCGCAUCAAAGAAGUAAUAUCAAGACCAAGCAGUGCUUCAAAAUCAAAAUUAGAGAAUCAAUUUGCUGAUAGUGGGGAUGGAGACUUUACAGUGUGCAGAUCUUCUUCUUUGGCACUGCUGAAAAAAGGCAACGAAGAGUGCCGAUAUCAACAAUGCCAACUUGGACCAACUUUUGUACCUGAGCUUCGUGGACAUUUCUUAGCAACUGAAAAUUUCUAUUUUACAUCAAAGUUCUUUGGACUGAAGCAAUCUUCAUCACUGUCUGAUUUUGUGCUUGCUGGAGAACAAUUUUGCAACAAGGACUUGUCUACUCUUAGGAAAAUGUAUCCUAAUCGGUCAGAUGAUGAUUUUUCACGUUAUUGCUUCUCAUCCGCAUAUAUUGUAGCUCUACUGCACGACAGUCUUGGUGUACCACUGGAUGACAAGAGGAUUGAGUAUUCAAAUCAGGUUGGAGACACUCAAGUUGAAUGGGCCCUGGGGGCUUUCAUCUCAAACAUAAAAGGCGUAAUUGUAGAGCCAUCAGCAACUGGUAGAUCAGCCCAUAGAAGUAGACCAUUGCUUGCUGUGCUGCUGGGGGUGUUUCUUCUAGGUGGAGCACUUUGCUUGGCAAGAUGGAGGAAGCCCAAGACGAAGAUCAUAUACGACUUGGAGAAAGGCCGGUACAUAAUCACACGCAUCAGCUGACGCUGACCUUUGUGCAGAGGAAUCACAUAUAUAUACGACAGGAAUAGAUGUUUGUUAUGUGUACCAUAGUGUACGAGUUCAAUUCUUUGUAUUCUUUCUCCUUUUUAAGAGCUGGGUGGGAGCCUUAGAGGAGAGAUCAAGGAUAGCAUGUGUGUAUGUACAGGACUUGUAGAGCAUUUUGCCAUUUACUUAUUCUAUUUAUUUGAUGAUGGAAUAACCUAGCUUUGCUCAUGUA